GACUUCUUUUAAGUCCACGUUCCCGGUUCGUUUGACUGUGAUUCCAAUAGAAGCGCGGUUUAAAGUCGUUUGGAAUUGCCAUAGCCAAUGACUGAAAGAGGAGGGAUCCCCUUUCAACAGAUGAGAACGGUUGGACGCGCGCACCACACGGUUGUCACACACAGUUCUCUGUGUAACACACGGGUAUACUCUUAAUUUUUCUGCUUUACGUCUGACUAAAAACUCAAAAUGUCUAAAAAAGUGGCAGUGGUUACCGGCGCCAACAAAGGCAUAGGGCUGGCGAUCGUUCGGGGGCUUUGCAGAGCUGGCUUUCCCGGUGAUGUGGUCCUCACUGCCAGAAAUGAGAAGCUUGGAAGAGAAGCGGUCGAGAUGCUGAAAGAGGAGGGAUUUGAGACGGUGUUCCACCAACUGGAUAUCUGCGACCAGAGCAGUGCUGAGCGACUGAGGGACUUCUUGCAAAACAAAUAUGGGGGACUGGACGUACUCAUCAACAACGCGGGAAUUGCUUACAAAAAGGAUGCAGUUGAACCCUUUGGAGAGCAGGCAGAGGUGACCAUGCGCACCAACUUCUGGGGCACGCUGUAUGUGAGCCGUGCACUGCUGCCCCUGCUGCGGCCCCAUGCACGGGUGGUCAAUGUGUCCAGCUUUGUAAGCCAGCGGGCGCUCGGACAGUGCAGCCCACAACUGCAGGCCAAGUUCCGUGACACUGAGAUUUCUGAGGAAGAGCUGUGCUCCCUGAUGGAGGACUUUGUGAAGGCUGCCCAGCGGGGGGACCACCAGGCAGAGGGGUGGCCCAACACUGCAUACGGCACCACAAAGAUUGGCGUCACGGUGCUGUCCAGGAUCCAGGCUCGCGUUCUGUCCCAGACCCGGCCAGAUGAUGGCAUCCUGCUCAAUGCCUGCUGUCCUGGCUGGGUCCGCACUGACAUGGCAGGGCCCAACGCUCCCAAGAGCCCAGAGGAAGGGGCGGAGACGCCCGUCUACCUGGCCCUGCUGCCCCAGGGGGCGAAAGAGCCACAUGGACAGCUUGUCCAGGACAAGACUAUCCAGGAAUGGUAGCAAGGUGUCAGCUUUAGGGAGAGCUGAUGUGCAUUUUGUGUCUGUAUUGCCCAUCUUUUGAGCAAGUCUGGCAAACUCGGUGCUAUUAAUCAUGUCUAAAAGGGUGUCUGGAAGGGAAACCUUACUUUACACCUUUCAUGAAUUUGGUUUAAAGGUAUUCCAUACAGAAAGUAAUAAUUAAUAUCUCCAUGCUUCAUUCUUGAAUCAGAUGUCUUAGAUGUGAAUUGACAAAAUCUGUAUUUUUAUUUUUUUUUUUUUACUGUGCUGCUGCAUCUAUUGAAUUGCUUUUCUAUUGAAUUGACUUAACCUGCUUGUCCUGUUUGUGUGAGGGUAGUAGAGGCUGUAUUUCUGGUGGGAAUGAACACAAUC